AAAGCACUUGUCUAUCCUGGCCGGAUUCCAUUAUUUCCAUUUUUGUCACCCUCCCAUACCGAAUCAGCCCUCACCAGAACUUUGAUUCGGACAGAAGAGACGACUGAUAUCAUCCGUUUGACAUGUGAAGUUCGCAAUCCUCAGCCGCAGAGCAGUGUCCACUUGAUCUGCCCACUGCUUGGGGCUGGCGAACGGUGCUUCGAGAAUUGCCAUCGUCUCUGUCCUUCAGGGGACGAAGUUGGCGGCUGUCGUGAGGCUGAUGGCCUCUCGAGGGUGGCUUGCCGCCGAGUCGACACCGGCCAUGCUCAGAAGCUGCAUGACAAUGACGCCGGCCGAAGAGAUGCUGACGUCGACCGCGAGGUCAGCUUUGCGGACGCCGACUUGGACACUUGGCAGUUCGAGUACAGCCUGGACCGCUACGAUCCCGCCAUCAACGGGCUCUGGUACUGCCUGCACGUCGGUCAGGCCAGCUCCGAAGUGGACCUGAAAGCGAGAGAACGACCCCCCACAACUACGACUGCAACAACCACAACAACCACUUCAGCAGCUGCUUUGCCGCCACCAACAUCACCGCUCUCGGUAGUAACAUCCACCACGUCACCAUCCGCCAGAGUGGUUGAUCGGCUGCAAAGUACCAAAUGGCCGUCGAGUCCGACCAGCGUUCAAGUGAUCAAUGGUCUCUCGGAGCCUGGAUAUUUCCAGGAGGAGGUGAACUCGAGACUAGCACAGGACUCGUCAUCGCGAGGUUGGGGUCAAAAAGAAAGGGGUGCCAAGGCGAGUCAUUAUCAGUCGGCGAAAAAUGGAACACGGCAGGCUGGCCGCAUUGACGAAGAAGCUUUAGCUACAGAUUGGCCUAGUUUUCCAUGGAAAUGGGUCCAAAAUAGGCAUCCACAUCAGAUCCUGGCGUCAGACUUGAUCCAGCCUCAAUCGCAUCAACCAAACCAGAAGGACUUGGAGUCAGGAACUUCCCCUCCAGACCACACCUCUCUGGCUCCAUUUUGCACCCAGAGACCUUUUUUCAGCUCCUCUCUCCUGAACAGCAACUCAGCUCCACCACAGCCUUGUGUUGACAGUGUAUGUAAUUGUAGUCAUUGGUGCCACAUGGUUACGAGGUGUGGCGGCUGCGAACUGCUGCCCCAAUUAUGUAUUGUGGCUCUCAGCCAGCCGCCCAGUUACCCGAGGAUUGGCGCUCAUCCUUGGCUUAAAUUGACAAUCCUUUUUUUGCUCUUGCUCUCGUGGAGAUGUGCAUUGAUGUGUAUCAUUCUGCCCGUCUGGAAGGUGGGUGUCUUUGCCCCUCCAACAGGUCGUCUCAUCCCAAUUCACAAACCCAUCCAACCAUCAGGUCAGUGA